GUGCAGCCGUGCCAUUUUGGUGCCUGUCGGGUUGUUGCCGGAGGGUUGGCCUGGCCUGCUGCCUGCAGCGGGUUAUUUGGUGUGGAGCAGGGCACAAUCUCGCCUGAGGAGAUGUCUCUCCCCUCCAUCUACCAGCACAAGUUUGCUGAGAAGCUGACGAUCCUCAAUGACAGAGGGAAGGGCGUCCUCAUCCGGAUGUACAACAUCAAGAAGACGUGCUCGGACCCCAGGAGCAAACCCCCCUUCUUCACCGAGAAAACGAUGGAGGCCUCCAUCAAAUACAUCAACAAGAAGUUCCCAAAUGUGGAUGCGCGGAGCAGCACGGACCAUGUGUACGAGCUGCUGAACACCAUCGAUGCCAGCCAGUGCUACUUCGACAUUCACGUGAACUAUGACUUCACCAAGAACUACCUGGACCUGGUGGUGACCUACACAUCUGUCAUCCUGUUGCUGUCGCGCACCGAGGACCGCAAAGCCCUGAUCGGGAUGUACAACUGCGCCCACGAGAUGAUCCAGGGCAGCGGUGACCCCAGCUUCGCCCGGCUGGGCCAGAUGGUGCUGGAGUACGACAGCCCGCUCAAGAAACUCACAGAAGAGUUUGGGCCUCACACCAAGGCCGUGACCAGCGCCCUCCUCUCUCUCCUUCUCCUCUUUGUCCGGAGGAACCAGUCAGACGAGCAGUGGCGCAGCGACCAGCUCCUGAGCCUGAUCAGCAACUCGGCCACCAUGCUGAGCCCGGCCAGCUCGGACGUCAUGGCCUGCGAGUACCUGUCGCUGGAGGUGAUGGAGCGCUGGAUACUGAUCGGCUUCCUGCUGUGCCACGGCUGCCUGAGCUCUGGCCCACAGUGCCUGGAGCUGUGGAGGCUGGGCCUGAAGGGCUCGCUCUACAUCACCCUCAUCCGGGAUGAAGCCCUACAGAUCCACAAGGUCUCCGAGGAGCUCUUUGGCAGCCUGAAAGGGUAUGGGAAGCGGGUGGCGGAGGUCAAGGAGUGCAAGGAGCAAGCUGUGGCAAACAGGUACAGGCUGCCUGGUCCCUGCGCCCGCCCAUCCCCAUUCUCACCUGGGUCAUCCAAGGGAUGGCCUGCGAUCGGCUUCCUGCUGUGCCACGGCUGCCUGAGCUCUGGCCCACAGUGCCUGGAGCUGUGGAGGCUGGGCCUGAAGGGCUCGCUCUACAUCACCCUCAUCCGGGAUGAAGCCCUACAGAUCCACAAGGUCUCCGAGGAGCUCUUUGGCAGCCUGAAAGGGUAUGGGAAGCGGGUGGCGGAGGUCAAGGAGUGCAAGGAGCAAGCUGUGCUGGAGGGGCUGCUGGUCGGCCAGCCCGGGCUGCUGGGCCCCAAGGCUCUCUUCGUCUUUAUGGCGCUCUCCUUGUGCCGCGACGAGGUGAACUGGCUGGUGCGUCACGCUGAGCAUGUCACCAAGACCAAGACCCCUGAGGACUAUGCCGACAGUCACAUUGCUGAGGUGCUCUUCCUCAUGGAGCAGCUGCGUGUCCUGGUGCGCAGGCACAGCCUGGUGAUCCAGCGCUACCACGUCCAGUACCUGGCUCGCUUCGACGCCCUGCUGCUCAGCGACAUCAUCCAGAAUCUGACCGUGUGCCCCGAGGAGGAGUCCAUCAUCAUGUCGUCCUUCGUCAGCAGCCUCUCGUCCCUCACCCUGAAACAAGUUGACAACAAGGAGAAGUUUGAUUUCUCAGGGCUUCGCCUGGAUUGGUUCCGGCUGCAGGCUUACACCAGUGCGGCCAAGGCCCCCUUGCAGCUGCGUGAGAAUCCGGACGUGGGCCGCGUGAUGAACCUCAUCGUGUUCCAUUGCAAGAUGCUGGACUCACUGGAGGAGCUGCUAGUGGAGACUUCGGACCUGUCGGCCUUGUGUUUCUACAUCCGCCCUUUUGAGAAGCUCUUUGCUCAGACCAUGGAGGAACCGGCCAUGCCCUUCGCCUUCCCACUUGUCUGCAGCUACUUCGCCCACUGCACCCACCCCAUGUGUCCAGAGGAGUAUCCCCACCUGAAGAGCCGCAGCCUGGGUAUGUGCAACAGCUUCCUAGAGGAGAUGGCCAAGCAGGCAGCCAGCUGCAUCCUGGAUGCGUGUGCCGAGCAGCGCAACCUCAGCGAGCAGCUGCUGCCCAAGCACUGCGCCUCCACCAUCAGCAAGGCCCGGAACAAGAAGAGCCAUAAACAGCCUCCCAAGAAGGGGGAGCCGGAGCGGGACAAGCCAGGGGCUGAGAGCCAGAGGAAGGACCGGAGUGUGGUGACCAACUACCUCGCCUUCCUCCAGUCGCUGGGGCAGUUCAUGUGCGUGGACACCAGCCGCAUCAUCCGCAGUGUGCUGCUCCAGCAGACACAGCCCCUGGACUCCAACGGGGAGCAGACCCUCACCACCAUCUACACCAACUGGUACCUGGAGGCGCUGCUGCGCCAGGCCAGCAUGGGGGCCAUUGUGCUGUCCCCGGCCAUGCAGGCCUUCAUCAGCAUCCCCAGGGAGGGGGAGCAGAGCUUCUGUGCGGAGGAGUUCUCAGACGUCUCAGAGAUGCGGGCACUAGCCGAGCUGCUGGGCCCCUAUGGCAUGAAGUUCCUGAGCGACAACCUCAUGUGGCACGUGACCUCGCAGGUGGUGGUGGUGAAGAAGCUGGUGACGGAGAACAUGGAUGUGCUGGUACAGAUCCGCUCCAACUUCUACAAGCCUGAGGAGAUGGCAUCACUGCUGCCCAGGCUGACGUCUGCUGAUAAUGUGCUGAAAAGAAUGACCAUUAUCGGGGAGAUCCUGAACUUCCGCUCCAUGGCCCAGAGUGGGCUGCGUGAGGUCUUCUCCAACCGCUGCCCGUACCUGAUGGGCCCCAUCGAGUGCCUGAAGGACUUUGUCACCCCUGACACGGACAUAAAGGUCACCUUGAGCAUCUUCGAGCUGGCCACGGCGGCCGGGAUCCCAUGCGACAUUGACCCCGCGCUGGUGACGGCACUUUCCAACCUGAAGUCCGACAGCUCGUCCCCCGAGGAGGAGUACAAGUCAGCCUGUCUGCUGCUGGUCUUCGUGGCUGGAGGCCUGCCGCUCCUCGCCACCGAUCCCCAUUCCGUGUACAGCAUCGAGCUGGAUGGUUACAGCAACAAUAUCCACUGCCUGGCCAAAGCCAUCAUCCACGUGUCGGCCGCUCUCUUCACCGUCCACGGCAAGAACAUUGAGACGCACCUCAAGGAGUUCCUGCUGCUGGCGUCCGUGAGCCUCCUGCAUCUGGGCCAAGAGACCGACAAGCUCCGGGCCAAGAACCGGGAAUCCAUCUCCCUGCUGAUGCACCUGAUCGUGGAGGAGUCGUCCUUCCUGACGGCCGACAUGCUGGAGACCUGCUUCCCCUACGUGCUGCUCCGCAAC